AUGAAAGUUAUGAUUUCGUUAUCAAAGUAUGCUCCAAUUCUAUCUCUGCCAUUACAAUCUGCCCGUACUAUCGGUUCAAGUUCUGUGCAAUGUUCUGUCUUUAUGAAACGGCAAAAGAAAAUCGAUCCAGAGGUUGCAAAACAGCGAGAAGUCCGGAGAAGAAAACGUUUGGAAAAGGAAAUCCGGCAAAUGCAAAAACAUAGCAAGAAACCAAAGCCAGUCGAUGAACUUGCGCUCGAUGUCAGAUCUGCAAAAAAUAUUCAAGACCGAUAUCGAGCAGCCGCAUUAUUGACGGAGGAGCAGAUUGACCAGCGUGCAGUCGCACUGAAGGAAUAUUCUCGAAGUCGGAACCAACUUCAGCACCUCGACGAUGACUGGGUUCGCAAUGCUUUGAAAACUCAACAAAAAGCAUUGCAGGAAUUGAAAACUGUCGAUAUCGAACUUUAUCAGAAGGCAGUAGCACCUGCUGCCGCUUCGUUACCUGUUGUUAUCCGUGGUCCAGGGCUCACGCCUCCUAUUGCCAAUUACCAAUCGCCAGAUGGGGACUACAUCGAUACUACCAGGACAUGGAUAUGA